GGUUGGUUCGGCGCGGGGGCCGUUGGCUCCAGACAAAUAAACAUGGAGUCCAUCUUCCAUGAAAAACAAGAAGGCUCACUUUGUGCUCAGCAUUGCUUGAAUAACCUGUUACAAGGAGAAUACUUCAGCCCUGUGGAAUUAUCUUCAAUUGCACACCAGCUGGAUGAGGAAGAGAGGAUGAGAAUGGCAGAAGGAGGGGUUACUAGUGAAGACUACCGCACGUUUCUGCAGCAGCCUUCUGGAAAUAUGGAUGACAGUGGCUUUUUCUCUAUUCAAGUUAUAAGCAAUGCCUUGAAAGUUUGGGGUUUAGAACUAAUCCUGUUUAACAGUCCAGAGUAUCAGAGGCUCAGGAUCGAUCCCAUAAAUGAAAGAUCAUUUAUAUGCAAUUAUAAAGAGCACUGGUUUACAGUUAGAAAAUUAGGAAAACAGUGGUUCAACUUGAAUUCUCUCUUGACGGGUCCAGAAUUAAUAUCAGACACAUACCUUGCACUUUUCUUGGCUCAGUUACAACAGGAAGGUUAUUCUAUAUUUGUUGUUAAGGGUGAUCUGCCAGACUGUGAAGCUGACCAACUCUUACAGAUGAUCAGGGUCCAACAGAUGCAUCGACCAAAACUUAUUGGAGAAGAAUUAGCACAACUCAAAGAACAGAGAGUCCAGAAAACAGAUCUUGAACACGUCUUAGAAGCAAAUGAUGGAUCAGGAAUGUUAGACGAAGAUGAGGAGGAUUUGCAGAGGGCUCUGGCACUAAGUCGCCAAGAAAUUGACUUGGAAGAUGAAGAAGCAGAUCUCCGCAGGGCCAUUCAGCUCAGCAUGCAAGGUACUUCCAGAAAUAUAUGUCAAGAUAUUCCACAGACGUCAGGUACACAUCUUACUUCAGAAGAGCUACGGGAGAGAAGAGAAGCCUACUUUGAAAAGCAGCAGGAGCAGCAGGAGCAACAGCAGCAGCAGCAGCAGCAAGAUCCACCAGGACAUCCAUGUGAAAAGCCGAACACAAGUUCAGGAGCACUUGACAGUGAUCUAGGUGAUGCUAUGAGUGAAGAAGACAUGCUUCAGGCAGCUGUGACCAUGUCUUUAGAAACUGUUAGAAGUAAUUUCAAAACAGAAGGAAAAAAAUAAUACCUUUCACAAAUCAUUUAGAUAUUCAGUCUUUCCAAUAUCGUCCUGUGUGUUUACGGCAUAGGGUCCAUUUUGGUAAUGUGUCAAAGAGAACAAUUUUCAACAGAGGAAAUAAGACUUAGGUGGUUUGCAAACAAAAAGCUGAGAGGGUGAAAAAUACAUCCGUUGUAGGACUAAAUAACGAUCCUCCAAACACUAGCCAAAGAGGCAUUCAGCAAUUAGAGAAAUUUAAAAUAGUUUUCUAAAUGUUCUUUUUUCUUUUUUGAGUGUGCAAUAUCUAACAUGUUUAAAAUUAGGGCAUUUUUCUUGGAUCUUUUUGCAGACCAACUAAUUAUAACCAGCUAUUGCCACAGAACUUUUCCCCCACAUUUUAUCUUCUUGUCCUCCCUUCUGCAGAGGGAAUUUGGCUGACUUUCAUCAUUGAAAAGUUGCUCUUAUUUCUCUUUAACCAAAUUAACCUUUUAGGACAGUGUCUCUCUCCUCUGUGUCGAUAACAGUAACAGUUCCAGAGGAUAAACUGUUUACCCUCUGACUAUGUAUUGUGCACUUGGGUGUUUUCUCAUGUUAUUUUCUCUGAUCACAGUUUCUCUGCUACGUGGUUUUCAUUACUUUCUACAACUCUUUUGAAAGAUGGUAAUGUUUCUUGAGGUUUUGCUUUUUAAGCCCUCUAAGAUGGGAUCAUUAUUUCAUGAUUCUGGUGCAUUCCUAAACUCUGAAAUCAGCUCUGCACAAGUACUUGAGAAUAAAUGAGAAUUUUGUUAAUGUCUGAGCACAUCCUUUCCCAAAUGCUUUGUGAAUGUCUUCUCACUUAUGUCAGAACUUUAUAGGUUUGCUGUAACCUUCUUUCCUGCACCUUGUUGUUUCCUUUUCUUUCCAAUUGAGAAAAAUAGGAGAAGCAUAGUGUGCAAGUUUCCUUCUGUUAUAAAACAACAUCCAAUGCCCACCAUGAAUGUAUGAUAGAUAAAAUUUGGCCUUCAAUUUUAGUAGCAGUUUCAUUUUAUUUUUCCUCUUGUGACUGGAGCUGUCCUGUUUACAAUUGAGUCAUGAAGUGCAGAUGUCUGCUUCUGCUGUACACCUUUUAGUAGGUAUAGUUUGCCAGAGAUAAUGAUCUAGAACAUGAAAAUAACUUACCAACAAAACUACAUUUAAAUUUAUACUGUGAUUUAACACAUGCAUCAUGUUUAAAUAGCUUAGAAUUACAGAAGUCACAGUACUUACUAGGUCUGUAAAUAAGAAAGUCUUUAGUUUUGAUAAACAUUCUUUAAUUGGGAUGCAGAGUUUCUUGCUGGGUCAAUGCAGUGGGAUGAUUUUGGUGAAAAUUAACCAUGUCUCUCUGAAAUGGGCCUUUUAAAUUCUGUCAUCUUAUCCUUCAUUCUCCAUCCCCUUUUGAAGCCCUUUUGAAUGAUGAAUUGUUCAUAAGCUAAAAUUUAAGAAGAAAUUUCAGCGGACAACUUAGAAAAUUAAAGUAUGAUAUGUUGCCAUAUCCUGGUGUAUGGCUACAUACAUUUUAUCAGGGAAAAAUUUUUGAUGUAGGAUUUAUUGCUAACUGAAAAGAGAUGAAAAACUGCCUUUUAUUUAUGAUUACGAAAUAGCUUUUUCUUGGAUAGAGACAGAUGUUUUUUUAGUCAUUAUUUUGUGCCAAGUAAGUUUUCAGACGUUUCCCUUACAUAAAAUUAGAUGGUUUUCUUUUAAAAUCUAAAGUUUUCUUUUGACAACUGAAGAUGUUUUAGAAGAAUUACAAAACUUUAGAACUACAAGGGAUGUUGGAGUUUGAUACUACUCCCUAAGAUUUACUAACCAAAAUAUUUUAAGACUGGAUAUUUCUGUAGUUAUCUCAAGUAUGCUAGUCAUACUUUCCAUGGAUAUUUGGCCUGUAUCUUUUACGUUAAACUUUUCAUGUAUUUGAAUUGAUGAGCUACCUAAUAUAAAAACAAGAAAGUGAAUAUACAUUUAAAAGUUUUAACCUUAAGGGUUAGGGUUAGGGUUAGUUCUUCUAUUACACACCCUUGUUAAAGCACUUAAAGAAAUGUGGCAUGUUGACCUUCGUUUGUUAGGGAUUUUUUUAAAGCAGGGCCGAGCACACACUGGAUAUAUUUGAAUGUGUUUAUUUAGUUGUGAAAUUGUUAUAUUUGGCAGGCAGAUUCAGAAUCACUAGUGAACUGCCAUCUUGUGUGGAUUGGCAUAUAUUUAACUGAACAUUUAGAUUCCAUUUCUUAAUCAGCUGGCCAGUAUGAAAAGAUGCCAGUGCUCAUAACCACAGUAAGAAAAUUUUAAAGUUACACAAAGCUAUAGUUCACACAUCAGGAAGUGCUGUUUACUUUAAACCACCUGCAAGUCAGGAACAAUGCAAUUCACGAUAACUGUCCUAAGAACUUUAUUUAUAUAAAGAUUUCCAUUCUGUUUUACCAAUUGGGAACACCUUAAUGUUUAAUAUUUAAACUACUGGUAUCAUUUUUCUAAUGUAUAAUUUGUAUUACCGGGAUAAAAUACGUACCAUGACAAUGUUAAGUAUUAUAAGUAAAGUUUAAACAAGCGUUGGAAAUAACACUUUCAUACUUAUAGAUGUCAUGGAUUUAAUAAGUAGUUAUUUAUGUUUUAAAAAUUCAGAGAAGUUAACAUCUGAUCUAAACCAUCAGUGUACAUUUUUAUAGUAAUUAACACACGAAUAUUUCAGUAAUGUAAAUUGUUUGAGGGGGCUUCCCUGGUGGCGUAGUGGUUGAGAGUCCGCCUGCCGAUGCAGGGGACACGGGUUCGUGCCCCGGUCCGGGAAGAUCCCACAUGCCGCGGAGCGGCUGGGCCCGUGAGCCGUGGCCGCUGAGCCUGCGCAUCCGGAGCCUGUGCUCCGCAAUGGGAAAGGCCGCAACAGUGAGAGGCCUGCGUACCGCAAAAAAAAAAAAAAAAAAAAA